AGAAUGGUGAAUAACACUGAAGACCCUCAAGAAGCUUUAUAACGUCCCAUCCCCAUGUAAAGUAUGCUGAGAACUUUUCCAGUAGUUCUGCUGGAAACCAUGUCUCACUACACAGACGAACCAAGAUUUACCAUAGAGCAGAUAGACCUGCUUCAGCGCCUGAGACGUACAGGAAUGACCAGACAUGAAAUCCUACAUGCACUGGAAACCUUGGAUCGUCUUGAUCAAGAACAUAGUGACAAAUUUGGAAGAAGGUCUAGCUAUGGAGGUGGCUCCUACAGCAACAGUACCAACAAUGUCCCAGCAUCUUCCUCUACAGCUACAGCUUCAACACAGACCCAGCAUUCUGGGAUGUCCCCAUCACCGAGCAACAGUUAUGACACCUCCCCACAGCCUUGCACUACUAAUCAGAAUGGGAGGGAGAGUAACGAGAGGUUGUCUGCGUUCAAUGGGAAGAUGUCACCUACCCGCUACCCACUUGCAAACAGCUUGGCUCAAAGGUCAUACAGUUUUGAAGCUUCUGAAGAGGACUUGGACAUUGAUGACAAAGUGGAAGAACUGAUGAGGAGGGACAGCAGUGUGAUAAAGGAGGAAAUCAAAGCCUUCCUAGCCAAUCGGAGAAUUUCCCAAGCAGUUGUUGCACAGGUAACAGGUAUCAGUCAGAGCCGGAUCUCCCAUUGGCUGUUGCAGCAGGGGUCAGACCUAAGUGAACAAAAGAAAAGGGCAUUUUACAGAUGGUACCAACUUGAGAAGACAAAUCCUGGGGCUACAUUAAGCAUGCGACCCGCUCCUAUCCCCAUAGAAGAGCCAGAAUGGAGACAGACGCCUCCCCCAGUCACAGCUACCUCUGGGACCUUCAGACUACGGCGAGGCAGUCGGUUCACGUGGAGAAAGGAGUGCCUGGCUGUUAUGGAAAGUUACUUCAAUGAGAAUCAAUAUCCAGACGAGGCAAAGAGAGAAGAAAUUGCAAACGCCUGUAAUGCAGUUAUACAAAAACCAGGAAAAAAGUUAUCGGAUUUGGAGCGGGUUACCUCCCUUAAAGUGUACAAUUGGUUUGCCAACAGAAGAAAGGAAAUCAAGAGAAGAGCCAAUAUCGCAGCAAUCCUGGAGAGCCAUGGAAUAGAUGUACAGAGUCCAGGAGGUCAUUCCAACAGUGACGACGUUGAUGGCAAUGACUACUCUGAGCAGGACACUUGGCAAGUACGCAAUGGGGAGGAAGAGGGAAGAUGUUCAGAGGGAGGCAGAGAAGCAGAGAAGGUAGAAGAAGACAGGAGGAUCUGCUCCAAACAAGAUGACAGCACUAGCCAUAGUGACCAUCAAGACCCCAUCUCAUUAGCUGUGGAAAUGGCAGCAGUAAACCACACCAUCUUGGCAUUGGCCCGGCAAGGAGCCAACGAGAUCAAGACAGAGGCUCUAGACGACGACUGAUACAAAGAAAGGGGAGGGUCAAAGCAAGACGUAACUUAGUUUUAGACGUAGCACCUUAGCAGACUUUCCUCGGUCCUUAAUAUGUGUUCUUACAGUAUAACUUUGCAGUUUCUUGUACGUCAGUUAGCUGUUAGGGUCUUGUUCUGUGAAGAUGGCAUGGUGCCCUCAGCCUUUGCAUAUACUCUCUCAGUAUUAAUUCCCAAUAAAUAAUCAAUCAACCAACCAACCUCCCUCUCCCAGCCCCAGUGGCUAGAAA